AGUUUUUAGAAGAAAAAAAGUUAAAAAUCGGAAACCGACAAGGCAUUCCUAACCCCCGAAAGCAAAUUGAAGACUUGUUUACUGCUAUAUUAGUAGUACACUUUUAAAAAUUCAAUCUAACAAAAUUUGGUUUGGUGCUCCAACAAAUUGUAAUGAAAUUCGUAAAAAGUGUGGUGUAUUAAAAAGAUAUGAAGAAAAGGAGUUAGCUCAGAUGCUGAUAGGGUUCAGAGAGGACUUUCCAGCAGGAGGAAUAUUUAGACAUCAAUUUGAAGAAUUUUUCCCGGAAAUCAAGAUGGGGAAAAGUAUGUCAGACAUGGUCUUCAGUGUUCUUGAUGGGGAUCAUAAUGGAUACCUGGAUUUCAAGGAAUUUCAACAGGCAAUUGACCUGGUAGGAGCCAGACUCCCAGAUGACAGACUCAGGUGGUCUUUCAAGCUGUAUGAUGAAGACAAUUCUGGGAGUGUACAGCUUGCUGAGAUGGAGAAGGUUAUGGAAUGUGUUUACAAUAUGUUUGAGGGAAUGGGACAGCGUCCAAGUGGCGAUCCUAAGAUUCGAGCCAAGGAGAUAUUUGAGAAGAUUGAUAUCAACGGAGAUGGAGAACUAACAGAGAAUGAAUUUGUUCGGGGUUGCUCUGAGGAUAAAGAAAUGAUGACAUUACUGAACAGUCUUUUCACCUCCAUGGUCGGGAAUUGAUUUCUCUUAACUCAUAAAAAAUAUUUAAGUAUAUAUGGACAUUGCACAUUCAGGAGAGAAAUUAUCUAUUUAAGUUUUACACAAUUUUGACCAAACUUUUUCUAAAAUAGCUGAAGAUUGAAAUCAAGAAGUUUGCAUCAUACCUAAAAGUUUAAGUUAACAAAAAAAUCAACAUCUCUAGCAAUUUUCAAAUGUGUGCAGUGUGCAUAUUUUAUUAAUAGCUGUGAUUUCUUGUUAAGAAAUGUAUCACAUCUAUGUAAUAAAACAAAACAUUUAUACAUAUGUAUAGUUUAAAUGUGAGUGUUAUUUUAGACCCAAAUUAAGAAUCAAUUUACAAUCAGCUUAUGAUUACAGGGGAAGAAAGUUCCAAACUGUGUAAUCAUGUUCCAAACCUGACACUGAGUCCCAAAUUUGGGCACAAAUAUCAUGAUCAACAUUUUAGUGACUCUUCAUGUGCCAAGUGCAAAAAUCAAUUAAAUAAACUAUCUCCAACAUAUUAUCAUGCAUGACGAGAAAUACAAAUAACACUUUUUACUACUAAUCUAAA